GGCGGUGCCUCGGGGGGCUGUGGCUGCGGCGCGCGCGCCCCGCUGCUGACCGGAGCCGCCGGGAAGAUGGAGCCCGAGAACAAGUACCUGCCCGAGCUGAUGGCGGAGAAGGACAGCCUGGACCCGUCCUUCACGCACGCCAUGCAGCUCCUCACCGCAGAAAUUGAAAAAAUUCAGAAGACUGAAACAGCAAAGAAGGAGGAGGAAGAAAGCUACCUGGAUUUAUUUUCCCACAAGAAUAUGAAACUGAAAGAACGAGUUCUGAUACCUGUCAAACAGUACCCCAAGUUCAACUUUGUUGGAAAGAUUUUGGGACCUCAAGGCAACACCAUUAAGAGACUUCAGGAAGAAACUGGUGCUAAGAUUUCUGUGCUGGGGAAGGGCUCAAUGAGAGACAAAACCAGGGAGGAGGAGCUGCGCAAAGGGGGAGACCCGAAAUACGCUCAUCUAAACAUGGAUUUGCACGUCUUCAUCGAGGUUUUUGGGCCCCCCUGCGAGGCCUAUGCCCUGAUGGCUCAUGCCAUGGAGGAGGUCAAGAAAUUCCUUGUUCCGGAUAUGAUGGAUGAUAUCUGCCAGGAGCAGUUCCUGGAGCUGUCCUACCUGAACGGUGUUCCAGACCCGAACCGCAGCCGAGGAGUCCCCGGGCGGGGAAGGGGAGCAGCUCCACCACCACCUCCACCCGUUCUAAGGGGCCAUGGGGUUGGUCCCCCUCCUCCUCCUCCUCGGGGGGCCCUGGUGCGAGGGGCCCCAGUGCGGGGGGGCAUCGCUCGAGGGGCCACCAUACCCCGGGGGGUGCCCCCUCCUCCGGCAGUCCGGGGGGCUCCUGCCCCCCGAGCACGGGCAGCUGGCAUCCAGAGGAUACCCCUUCCUCCUCCUCCUGUGCCAGAAGCCUACGAGGAAUAUGGCUACGACGACACGUACGCAGACCAGGGCUACGAGGGCUAUGAGGGCUACUACGGCCAGGGCCAAGGGGACACAGAAUACUAUGAUUAUGGACACGGGGAGGCACAGGAAACCUACGAUGCUUAUGGCAGGGACACCUUUCACCUGCCCAGGAUCUGCUUUGCCUGGUGUCUGGGAAGGAGGGAAACACUUCCUGCAGCUGUCCCUGAUGGGCAAGAUGACUGGAAUGGGACCCGGCCCUCCCUGAAGGCCCCGCCGGCCAGGACAGCGAAGGGGUCCUACCGAGACCACCCCUACGGACGCUACUAAACAAACAAAACAUGAGGGAAAAAUCCCACUUUUGAGCAAAACAGUUGUUACUGAUUCUUGUAUCUCCCGGGAUUCCCGUUGCUUUGCCCACACCAGACAAGUAAUUGUCCAACUGUUUUUCUUCGUGGCCCCUUUUUCUCCCACUCCAUCCUCACCCUGCAUUUCGGCUUCUGAGCGGAGAGUUCUCGGCGCCGGGAGCGACCCGGGGGUGAGGAGGAGCAGGGGCAGCGCCCACGGGGGUGAGUCUCUGUGUGUGUGUGUGUUGUGUUUUUACAGUGUGGGGGUGGCACCAUCUGAGCUGCUAAAACCACAUCCACACAAAUAAAAAAGGGAAGGCUGGCUGGCUCUCCCUGCCCGAUGCUCUCGCAGAGGUCGCAGUGUGGAGGAGGCUCCGGAAUUGUACCAGCCGGGGAUCCGGAGGGAAAGAGGUUUUCAGUGGAUUUUAGGGAGGGGGGGAAAUGUGAUGAGGUACCAUCUCUUGGAGCUGCUUCCUGGUGGUGUUGGAUUUCAUGGAAUCACGGGCUGGUUUGGGUUGGAAGGGGCCUUAAAGAUCAUCUGGUUCCCAGCGCCCUGGGAUUUGUCACCCGAUGCUGCAGGAAUGGCUCGGUGGGAAUUCCUGUGGGAGUCCAUAAGGCAUUAAAAUUACAGACUGCAGAUUUUAAACCCAGCCAGACCUUGCCAGUUCUACACUUUCUGGCCCCCAUCAGUGGGAUCAAAGGGGAUCUGGCUGCUGGCUGGUCAGUUUUUAAGGAUUUCUGUCCGCUGGCAUAGCCGGAGAUCUCCAUCAGUGAUCCUGGGACACAUCUCUUGGAAUCCCAGAAUGGUUUUGGUAGGAAGGGACCUUAAAGCCCAUCUCAUUCCACCCCCUGCCACGGGAAGGGACACCUUCCACUAGACCAGGUUGCUCCAAGCCCCGUCCAACCUGGCCUGGAACAUUCCAGGGAUGGGGAAUAGGCCAUGCUUCUCUAAUAAAUUGCUUUUAUAAAUGGAUGCAAGUGGUUGCAAACGAGUGGGAGGUGCUCACACAUCAGUGGAGUGACCUGCUUAGACAGCAAGGACACAUUUCUCCCCCAGGGCAGCAUCCCAAGGCUUUUGGGAACAGCUAAAUGCUUCCUCUCAAACCCUGAGACCGCUGAAAGUCUGAGCUCCAUAAAUAAAAGAACAAAGAAAUAAACCCUUGCAGUGCUGAACAAGCCCAACGGCUUCAAAAGGCAACCUGGGCACAGGACAUAAAAGGACACAAGUCUAAUUUUACACGGAAUUGUAAAGCUCCCAAACGAGCUUCUCUUAUCUGAGGAGCAUUAGGGACAAGGAAGAGGUAAUGUGUGGAAAUGCUGCAACAGGGAGAUUACCCUGAAUUCUUCCACUUGAAAAUUGGAUCCUGCCAGGGGGAACGAUAACGUGUCUGGAUUUGUGGCCUGGUUAUCAAAUUCAUCUUCAUUUACAGUGUAAUUGGAACAUCAGUUUCUCUGGCCAUGUACCAAUCUUUCCCGUUUCUUUCUUAAUAGGCACAGCUUUUAUAUCAAGUGGAAAAGAUUUGAUAGAGAUCAUCUAUUAUGAUGAAGGUGGUUUUUUUUACCUGUAGAAGUGGAUCUUGUGACGCUGCCUCUGGAGGGAUCCAGCUCGUGCCUUGCCUUUGUUGCAUGUUUAUGGGGGAGACUUAAAUGUUGUGGCAGACUGUAAAUAUUAAUAUAUUGAAAUAGCUGUAUAUGCUACAAGUAUUUUGCAAACAUGCCCUGGAUCAGACGUUCCCUCCCUCUCACAGCACUGCUCCAGUCAGAUUUUAGCCUGGAGUCUGCAAGAGCUAAUUGGAGAUCCCAAAAUAACCCUCAGCAUAGGAUGUGCCUCUCAAAGAUGCUCUAAUUAGCCAGACAUUCCGGGGGUGAUGCAGGAAUUUGUGAGGGAUAGAGAUUCCUUUGAGUCUGAGUCACCUAAAUAACCUGAAUAACCUUCCCUUUCCUACUGGCAGGUGGCUGCUGGAGGUGGAAUUAGCUGGCUGUGACCUCACAAGUGCCAGGGAUCUCUCAUCUCCCAGUUUUCCCAAAGGUCUAAUCCUCACCUUAUUAUUUGUAGGGUUUUGGUGAAGGCCAUAAAGCAGGUAAAGGCCCUGUCGUGCCUGGCUCUGUGCAGGGGGAUGUGCAGCAGCUGGGACCUCUCCUCUGGGGAAGCUUUUCCCAACAAAAACCGUUCUUGUUAAGAGAUUUUUGGCUCCAAGAACAUCCUCCUGCUGCAGAACACGCAGCAUUCCCACCUUCCCUGCCCCUUUCCCUGCGUGGUCACAGCUUGUCCAGCCUCUUGGGUAUAACUACUCAGCCUGGCCGUGCCUGGAGCUGGCACAGAUCUGGGUUUUACACCCUCAGGGAGGUUGAGUGCUUUGUGGGAUCCUGGACAGCCACAGGAGAGUGAAACCGAGCUGGAAUUCCAGAGAAACCCCCGGCAGCUUUCCCUGGAAGGAGACUCUCAUCCCCUGCCCGUUCCUCAGCCCUGGUUUCAAGUUUCUGUUUGGGUUGUUAAGUAAAGCAAAUGGCUUUGAGCUUUGUUAUAUGGAAAUAUAGAUUCAUGGAAUGGUUUGGGUGGGAAGGGACCUUAAAGCCCAUCCAGUUCCAGCCUCUGCCAUGGGCAGGGACACCUUCCACUGGACCAGAUUGCUCCAAGCCCUGUCCAGCUUGGCCUUGGACACUUCCAGGAUGGGAAUUCCACACCCUCUGUGGUAUUUUGUGUCUAACUCAGCCUCUCUGAAAGCACAGUGGUUUAAGCCUUUACCUCGAUAUGUCCCUCCAAAAUUCCCUCUUGGAUAAGCUGGGUUUACGAGCACAGCUGGAUUCCCUGUCCAGCACUUGGAGCAGAUGAUUCUUUUCGUACAGGACGAGCUUUUAAAUUUGUAUGAGAGCAUCUGUCGCGAGCAGAGCCAAGAAAAACAGUUCAAGUGUGCAUUUUCCCUUCCUUAACCCAUCCUGCUGCUCUCCUGGAGAACACUUGGGCUGAGGGUGAUUCCUGCAGCUUGGAUGGACCCUCUGAGUGGCCCCAGAGGAGGAGGGACCAGCUGGGAUGUGUCUGCUGGGAGCUGCAGAGGAGAACAGGCUUCCCUGGGAACGAGCACAUACGGAGCUUUUGGGGAGGAAAACAGGGCUUAGGGAAAUUCUUCCUUAAUUGAUAAACCUGUAACAUGUUGGAUGAGACGUUGGACACGUGUCCCGUUCGUCAGCUGUGAGGGGGAGGAAUUCCUGCAGGUUAUCCAGGGACUCCCAUCCCAGUGGAGAUGUUACUCCUCAUUUUCUCCCUGGGAAGCUCCGUUCUGUGAGCACAGAACACAAACCUUUGCUGUUGCUGCUCAGCUGAGCCUUCCACUGCUGCCAUAUGUUUUAAUGGGAAUGUUUGUUUCCACGCUCCUUUUGCUCCUUUUGCAAGGAGGGAUGAGUCUCCAGGGAGCUGCUUUCAGAGCUGAUCAAGGAGCACAGUUAAGACACUUCCCUGGGAAAUAGGAACCUGCCAGAUCUUGGGGAGUGUUGGAGAACACUGGAGCCUCCCUUGGAUCCCACGAGAGCAGCAGCUGUGUGUUGGAACACUGAAAUAUAAAGUGUUUUCUGCUGAAGCUGUUACUUUUACCACUGAAUUUGGAACUAGUUGUUCCUGGAAGACUCUGUUAAACCACAGGUGUCUGGAUACUCCUGGGUUUUGAUGGCUUUGCACAUUUAGGUUGGGAAGGACCUCCAAGACCAUCGAGUGCAACCUGUGACCACCUCGUCACCCAGCCCAGAGCACUGAGUGCCACGUCCAGUCAUUCCUUGGACACCUCCAGGGAUGGGAACUCCACCACCUCCCUGGGCAGCCCCUUCCAAAGCCAGUAAAGAACUAAACCUUGGGCCUGUGGAAGUCCAUUAAUUUCAGAGAUUUUUGCCUCCAGCUGGUUCUCGGUGUUGUAAAACGCUCCAUCUGUGCCGAAGCACCAACGCCCACAAGUGGAGGAGAUCACUGAGAAAAAAAACGCUGCCAGCGGGUGAUAAAGAUGCUGAAAAGUGAUCAAGGUGAAUCACAGCACGAAAAUAGCUUGGAUGGGAGCCUGGUGAGCUCCUGCACCAAUAAGUUGGAUGGCAGCCUGGCAAGCUCCUCCACCGAGGAGCACUGGGCUUUCUGAUCCCACGAUCCUACAACUCUUGUGUUGGAAAUGAUCCCUCAUUCCGUGUAAUAAAGUCCUGACGAUGAA